AUGCUUGAAAAAAUCGGACUCGCUUUGCUUCCUAGCUUCCUACGACCUCUGAUAGCGAAGCAGGAAGCCAAACCAGACAAACUCUAUCCCACGUCUUGCCUCGAUGGCCUUCGAGGCAUAGCAGCGCUCUUCGUUUUCUUCUUCCACAUAUUGUUCGCGUACCGUUCGCAGCCAUACCUCGAAUAUGGCUACGGAGUGGAGCCAGGGUUCCACUACAUCUGGCAAUUACCCUUCGUUCGACUCUUUACAGCCGGACAUGCGAUGGUGUCCAUCUUCUUCGUCGUCGGUGGCUACGUGUCGAGCCUUAAGCCUCUGAAGCUCAUGCAUAGCCACUCUUGGGAGGCUCUCCAACAGAACUUGGCAUCAUCCUUCUUUAGGCGCGGCAUUCGCUUGUAUCUACCGCCAAUCGUUGCGACAUUUAUCACUAUGCUCGCGAUCCACCUCGGGCUAUGGGAGUUCUCCUCAUACUAUGCCCGCCAGCACGACUACGUCUUCUAUCACGAUUACCAUCAAGAACCAAGGCCUACCUUCGGCGAGCAGCUCAACCACUGGUGGCAUCAAACAUGGGAUAUGACCAACGUCUUCGGCAUCUUCCCACCCGAUCACCACGGCUACCAGAUUCCCAUUUACAACCAGUACGAUCCGCAUCUCUGGACCGUGGCCUACGAGAUGCGCGGCUCGCUCAUCGUAGCAGUCGUCCUCCUACUGUUCUCCCGCUGUCAUGUCCCUCUCCGGCUCCUCUUUGUCUUCUGCACCACUCUCUUCUGCGGCUAUCGUGACCGCUGGGAAGUCGUCCUCUUCCUCUCCGGCACCUUCCUCGCCGAAGUCGACCUGUUGCUUCAAGCCAGGAGGAGCUCCGACCGCAGCGGCAACGGCAGCGAGCCGCUACUAGCAACCCACCACGACCCGGCCAUCUCGCCACACUGGACGUCCGCACCCUCCCGAAGCUGGUCCCGCAUCCACCGGAUCCUCUCUCAUCUCUGGUUUGGCCAAAAGAGCUGGAUCAUCCUAUUCAUUGUCGGCUGCUACUUCGCCUCGGCCCCUAAUCUCAACAUUGGCCAUACGCCUGGCUACGUCUGGCUCGAUUCCAUCCCGUUCGCAAACUACUACUACGACCGCAAGCGCUUCCUGCAGGGUUCCGGCUGCACGCUCAUCGUCUGGGCAGUCUCGAACAGCCCGAUUUUGCAGAAGCCGUUCACGUCAAAGUUCGCGCUGUACAUGGGCAAGAUUAGCUAUUCGUUUUAUAUCGUGCAUGGGCCGAUGAAUCAUAUGGUUGGGUAUUAUGUUACGGGUAGGAUCUGGGAUGUUGUGGGAAAAGAGAGCACGGCGCAGUUUUGUACGGGGCUGUUUUUGGGGUCGGUGGUGCUCGCUGUCUGUGUUUUUUGGACGGCAGAUCUGUUUUGGAGGCUGGUGGACUGCAAUGCGGUGAAAGCGAGCAAGAUGGUUGAAGAACUAUGUUUCGUUAAGGAUGGCGAGAAGGCUUAG